AUGCCUAGCCAAUCCCUCACACCAGACGCAGACAAUAUGGCUUCUACCAUAAAUGAAUCCAUCGAAAUGCAACAGCAACACAACCACCCAACAACCAGCUAUACCUCAUCGUCCUCAAGCCUCUCGAGUCUGUCGUCAUAUGCAGUAUAUGACUCACCUCCCAACACCAGUAUACCAUCAACCCCGCAACAAGCCCACACCACAACCGACAACAUAUCUCUCGAAUAUAGUGAGCAAAGCAGUAACGCAGGUGGUGAAUCUGAAUCUGAUGACGUCUCUGUCACUGAUCCAGAUGAGGUCACUGAACAAGUCAAGCAGCAACCAGCUCGAAUACCGUACUUGCCAGAGUUAUUAGCACAGUAUCAGAUCGGUGGUGAAUUAGGACAGGGUGGUUUUGGAUACGUAUGUGAAGCUAGACGGAGACGGGAUUCAGCACCGGUUGCUGUCAAGUUUAUAUUCAGGGACAAGAUACCUAGUAGUUCGUGGGCUCGGGAUGCUGAUUUGGGAGUGGUGCCUAUGGAGGUCUUUAUACUCAAAAAUGUGCAACACCCAAACAUAAUCCAAUACGUCGACUCCUUCGCAGACGCCAACUUUGUCUACCUCGUAACCGAACUCCACGGCGCCCAAUGGGCAUCCACAAAACCAACACCAGACUCGCCUUUCCCAACACCACCAGAAGAAUUCGUUACCGGCACCCCAACUAGCGAUAUCUCCAUCGACCUGCCAACACCAUCACUAUCACGUAGAACAUCCUGUGACUUGUUUGAAUGCAUCGAGCAAUAUUCCUUCUUCACAGAGGAACAAGCCCGACAUGUAUUUAGACAGAUUGCAUCCGCACUCUUCCAUCUCCAGUCGCUCAAAAUAGUACAUAGGGACAUCAAAGAUGAGAAUCUGUUGAUUGAUGAUCAAUUCAAUGUCAAGUUGAUUGAUUUUGGAAGUGCUUCGUUUAUACCACAUGAUUCAAGCAGGUUGUUUGAUCGAUUCCUUGGCACAAUCCAAUACGCACCACCAGAAAUACUUCGAGGAGAAAAGUACCGUGGGCCAGAAGCCGAAAUCUGGUCUCUGGGAUGCUGUCUAUACAUAAUGCUUAACGGAGAAGUGCCUUUCGAAUCGCCCCAUCAAGCGAUUGACGGCCAUCCAACACCAUUACGAAGCCCUGUAUCUCGAGACUGUGAACAGCUGCUGAAAUGGAUGAUGGAUAGACGAGCGUCUAGAAGAGCUACCAUUCAGCAAGUAUUGGCGCAUUCUUGGCUCAGAAUAUAG